AUGGCGGACGCUCUUUCGAUCGAGCAAAACAACAAGAUCCGAGUGGCCCUCGGCCUCAAGCCACUGCCCGUCCCUGGCGCAGACCCAGCCGCCGGCCCCGUCUUCAAAGAAUCCCAAGAUUCCUCUGACGACGACGACGAAGAACCGGGCAGCACCCUCGAGUCUCGCGAGGCCCAGGGCUUCCAAAACUGGCAAAAGCUACAAGACGAAGCCGACGCAAAGCGCAAACGCGAGGAAAAAAACGCCGCUAUCAAGAGAGCACGCGACCUGGCGCGCCGAAAUGCAAAGCUAGAAGGAACGGGUCUGGGCGAUGCCGAUGCCGGUGAUCUCGACACAAAGGCCUGGCUGUCGCAGCACAAGAAGCUAUCCAAAAAGAUCGAAAAGGACAGAGCGCGCAAGCUCGCCGAGGAGCUUGCUGAGCGGGAUCAGGUCACCGAUUAUAAUGCUACAGAUCUGGCGGGCGUCAAGGUCGCUCACGAGAUGGGUGACUUUGACGGCAGCGAGGAGCAUAUCCUGACCCUGAAAGAUGCCACGAUCGACGAGAACGAAGCCGAGGGAGACGAGCUGGAAAAUCUAGACAUUGUCGACCAGGACAAACUGAAAGAGAGGUUGGACUUGAAGAAGAAAAGAACAGCCUAUGAUCCCACCGAAGCCGACGGAACCGCCCCAAUUCUGGCCCAAUACGAUGAGGAGAUUGAUGGGAAGAAGCGCAAACACUUUACCCUUGAUGCCAAAGGCUCCACGGUCGAAGAACGGGACGCCAAGCGACAGCACGUUUCUGAGAUGUUGAAAAAACAGGCGCUCAAUCUUGACAUCCUGGAAGACGCACCGGUUUCCGAUUAUAUGGACAUUAGCGAAGUUAAAGUGAAGAAGCCCAAGAAGAAGAAGGCAAAGUCUACGAGACAAAAGGCAGUUGACGAGGACGAUAUCUUUCCUCUGCCAGAUGCUUCAAACGGAGACACUACAAUUAUUUCAGGAAAUGCUUCUCAACCUGCCCCUAAAAAGAUCCAACAAAACGCUUCAUUUGUUGAUGACGACGACCUCCAGGCGUCGCUGGCCAUACAGAGGCGUGCGGCUUUUAAGAAACGCAAGAAGCUCCGCCCAGAAGAUCUUGCACGACAGCUCAAAGAAGAGGACUCGCAAACCCCUAUGGACGUGGAUAACGGCGACGGUGCUGAUGAGGAGGAGGCGGGCCUGGUGAUUGACGAGACCUCGGAAUUCGUCUCAAAUCUGCAACGACCUGUCGUCUCCGAACGCACCCAGAGGAAGCCCACUGCCCCUGCUGAAGACGAGGGCAAAGACCAGUCGCCGGAAUCAGAGGACGAGGACGUUGACAUGGAGGCUGCUCACAAUGCUGCAUAUGCUGAGGCUGCCGCAGAAACGGCAGACGGAGAUCAAAAGACAAAGAUCAGUGGCACUGGCUUGGACGAGGAGUCGACUCUAGACGAAGGCCUGGGCAGUACCCUCUCCAUGCUGCGGCAACGUGGUCUUGUCGAACAGACCGAAGCUUCCAGUCUGAAUGCGCUACACCGUGACCGCCAAAAAUUCCUUCAAGACAAAUACCGCCGCGAAUCCGAUGCCGAGAAACGGGCUCGAGGCCAGCGUGAGCGUGAUCGCACUACAGGUAAACUGGACCGCAUGUCGGCGCGAGAGCGCGAGGAAUACGCCCGCCACGAGAACAAACAGCGCGACCAGCAAGAGUCCCGACACGUGGCCGACGUCUUUAACCGCGAGUACAAACCCGAUGUGCAACUCAAGUAUGUGGACGAGCAUGGCCGCCUGAUGAACCAAAAAGAAGCGUUCAAGCACCUCAGCCACCAGUUCCACGGCAAGGGCAGCGGCAAGAUGAAGACGGAGAAGCACCUCAAGAAGAUCGAGGAGGAGAAGAAACGCGAGGCCAUGGGGGCUCUUGAGAGCAGUCAGCAUACAGGCAUGAACAGCGCGAUGGGAGCUACGGCCAAGAAGAACCGCCAGGCUGGAGUGCGCCUUGCCUAG